AUUUAUAGAUUCCGGUUCGGGUGGUGAAGCCGGAGAGACGCGUGGUUCCGCGGCCUGCGUGGGUGGAACGAGCCAAACAUUAACUUCCUGUGCACGACUUUGACCCCCCCACUCACGACGACCCCUCUAAGCUCAUCUGUGCCGUGCUGGUUCCGUUCCGUUCACCCGGUCCUGGAGCUCGAAAGUGAAGGUACCGAGUUCACUUGAACCAUGUGGACUGCUGAGGCGCUACUCUGAGUCUCAGGAAGACGACGCGGUGACAACCUCGUCUACGUCCUCUUCCUGUCCUCCUGAGCUCUGAACAGACUGUAAUAGUAUUCAUCCAUGUGUGGACUGCUGAAUGAACUGGCUUCACUCUGAGCCUCUCACGGAUCACAGAGCUCAGUACGGAAAUAUUUUCACCUGCGUGGUUUCUCUGAUUUUCCUCUGGAAUUUUUACUACACGCGUGUGUCCACAGAAAGAACAGACGUCGUGCUCCGUGGUGGUGACUGUGUUGAUUUUGUUGACAAAAAACAGCAGAUACACAGUACUGUAGCAUAUACUACAGUAGAUCAGGCCUCAGUGUUCAGGCAACACUAAGCUACUUCCUGUCUGGGUGACAUGGAACUACUUCCUGUUGGGACAACACUAAGCCACUUCCUGUUCAGGUGACAUGCAACUACUUCCUGUCCAGGCAACUCUUUACUAUUUCAUGUUUGGGCGACACUCGGCGACUUCCUGUCGCUUGGCUACUUGUUUUGGUGGCAUGCAGCUUCUUCCUGAUGGGUAUUCACCUCUGCUACUUCCUGUUUAGACAACUACUUCCUACAAUUUCCUACUAUGGCCACAGUCACUAACCUCUUGUUUUGGCGACACUUUGGCAGAAAGUGCCUUUGUUUGUUGUCUUUGUGUCAAUACAGGUGUGUUUUGAAACAGCACUACUGUUUUGUCUGAUGAUUGAAAGUGGUUCAACGUUGGAGGAGUGUGAUGUCAUCAGUAGGCGCCACGUGAACACAUUCUUUACCUGCAUUUGGCCGCAUGACAUGAUGCAAGGCCACAGGUAACAGGUAACUUGUGACCCUGGCUAGCUGGGAGUAGCAGCUGACUGAAACAUUCUCAACAUUGACACUCUUGUUUCUUCCGUUUACUCAGGUUGUUGUUGUGAGUCGGUAAUGAGAGGUUUUUGAAGAUGCCGACAGUGAGCCUGGAAGAAAACAGACCUCUUGUUAUCGACUCUGCAGCUGCUUGUCGGCACUGAGGGUUCCCGUGUCAGGAGAACCGGGGCGAGAUGUCGGACACUUUUCCUCCUCCAGUCGAUGAAUAAAGGAGGAGCUACCCUGAGAAUUAGAUUGCACUUUCAUCCGGAGAAGGGAGCAGGACUGGAGCCGCUUCAUGAUAAGAAGUGCUCGGACAGAACCAUAAAUCAUAAAUGAGGCCCAGAACCAGCAGCAUGCUCCAGCAGAAUAACAACAACAACUACCCGUGCCUCGGCAUGUCGGGGUCCACGCGUGAGAUGCUGCAGAAGUGCUCCAGAGUUGCGCUUCCGUUCCCAGGCCGACUUGAGCUGGGGGAUCUGCCGCUCAUCAGGGGUCUGCGGGCCUGGGCCCUGUGCUCCAAGAACCGCAGGAAGCCCGUCGGUGGAAGUCAGGCGCCUUUAGAACCGCCACCACAAAGGAGUUCCUUGUGCUGCCCACGCCCUGCUGACGUGUACCUGAGUGGGGAGUGGGGCAGCAUGGGGUACGGACUCCCGCUGGGGAUGGAUGCCCGACAGUCCGGGAUCGGUGCGCUGGUUACCGUGGCCACCUUGAAGACCUCAGAGGGAAACGGGAAAACGCAGACCCAGUGUCUUUUCCUGCGGACUGAGAAAGGAAGCUGCUUGUACUCGACGGCAAAGCCCGGUUCCGGUGGGACCACUAGCGCCGUCGGAGGAUGGCUGAGAGGGAAGACUGGAGGCGGCAAGGAAGCAGGAAGGAGGGACCCGGGUGUACAGGUCCAGACCGGAGCGAACCGGGUCAGAGUGCGCUCGGGACGGAGAUGGAGAAAGCCCUGCAACACUGCCGGGCGAGAGAAAGCUGGGCUUAGCAAAGAGAGGCGGCGCAGUGAAGGAGGGCGACAGGAAGAGCAGGACAAAGGACGCAGAGAACAGGAAGGAGCAAGUCCUCCAUCCGGCAAUGAAGCUGUUUCUGAAAAUGGAUCACAGAGAAGUCGGGACGAAGAUCAGAGUGAAGGAACUCUGAGCUGCGUUGGUUUGACAGAAGACUUCAGUCUGUGUUCUUCAUCUCGUUUCCUCUCGCCCGACCACGAUGUGGAGACUCAGCAGUGCCACCAUGAGGAGGACCAGAAGACCCAAACUGUAGAUCCUAACUCAGACAUGAUGAAAUCCCCAGCUGAAGAUGUAAUCACACCUCAAAAACUCUUGAAGGUUCCUCUGGAGGACAACCAUGAGCCAGGAGAGCAGCAAAGUGAAGAUACUCCUGCUGAUGGUUUUGGCGUCUCUGUAUCGUUCAGCAAUGUGGUGACUUCUGGAGAGUCAAGAACCUUUAACGGACUGAAGGAGGUUGGAAGAGUGGAAGAGCAAAGGAGCAGGUGUCUGCCUCUGUCAAACUGUGACUCUGACCACGUCAGUCAAACUGAAGACGAUGAGGCCAGAAACCAUCUCAUGUGCCCUUCUACUGUGUGUGAUGUCCAAAAUGGUCCUGAGCCAAAGGAGAAGCUGGACCAGUGUGGCUCCUCCAGAACCGGACUCAGAAAGGGUGUGGGAAGUUCCAGCUGGGAAACCCAAACCAACCUGAAGGAUGAAUCUCAGGGAUCUGGUCUGCACAUUUCAAACCUGGACCUCCAUCAGUGCCCCGCUGACGUGAACGUAGACCCUGGAAUCACAGAAUCUCGAGCUGGAGAUUUAAACAUUCCUCUUGAUCUGAUGCCAAAGAAGGAGCUGCAAGACCACUGUCAAGUUUCCUCCCCACCUGCAGGGGGCAGCACCUGCCUCCUUGAGAGUGACACAAAUCUGUGGAUACAAGAGGGAGAUGGUUUACAGCAGGAAGCGGUGGACCUAUAUGAGGAGAAGAAAUCUGAGUUUCUUCUUCAGGAUGAGGAGCAAAGAAGAAGGGGGCUGGAGGCUCAAGAUCAGAAGAUUGUGAGAGACUGUGGUGAGAGAGAAGGAGGCGGUGCAGAACUGCUGGAUGAUGGUGAUGAGACGUGUCAGCUGGAAGAACAGGAGGGUGAUGAAGAGGUUCAGAGGUCGGAGGAGGCCGAGAGGAGCAGUGGAGAGCGGGAAACGUUGUUGAGCAAGGAAGGAGCCACUAAUGUUGCUGAUCUCCUGCACUCACUCACACUGGCUAAUCCUGCUCCCCCGGGAGUCAUGGCAACCGGCCCGCCCCGUCUGGAGGAGGAGAGGCGGGGUGUCAGGAGGACCGGCCAAGGAGUCAGAGACGGGAGCAAGACAGAGUGCAGGGAGCUGGAGAACUCGGAGGAGACGCCGGGUGAGGAGGAGGAGCGGAGGGACGAAGGAGAAGAUGACUUCGGGGUCUUCAUGCAGGCGGAGGGUGAGCUGGCGUGGAGCCACCCCGAGACCGACCCGGUGCCUCAACUUGGCGGCGGCUCGUCGGCGUGGACGCCCGACUGGACACAGAGUGCCUCACUCACCGACGACUCCUGGACCGCGUUUCCUCCGACGGCUGAGGGAUCCGGAGAAGCUUCGGGACCGUGGUGGCCAGCAGUGGAGGAGAGGAGGGGGCGGAGCCACAAUCUGGCGAGUCUCUUCACUCAAGCUUUCCCCCCGCCGCCCAGUCGUGGUUCCCCGUCCGAGCUUGACCCGGUUCCGACUCUGACCCAGAUCCUGCAGUGUGGAGCCGGACAACACAAGCGCCUCCUCGACGGCUUCCACGACCUGAACAAAAUGAUCGUCGAGAGAAACAAGCGCGCGAGCGGUGCGUCGCGUGAGCUGCUGCUGAGGACGCUGCGCCUGGAGAGGCCGCGUCAGGACAGCAGACCCGCCCCGUGGCCGGCCAACCGCCGCCCCUCCCCUGGCCUGUCCUCAGCCAGUCGCCACAGUCAGAUCGUGGCGGCCAAGCGCCGCUUGUCGUGCGACUACAACAGGAACUGCGCCGAGUGAACAACUGCACCGUUCAGAUCCAGUUCCGGACGCUUUCACCGGACUCUCCUUUGAUCACAUGACCCCGGCGGACCGGAGCUUUUUUAACAACACAACCUGUUCACCGCUUCAGUUCUAGCAUCAGUCGCUCUGUCACGCGCCUGCAGUUACACGUCCCAACCACUCUACGCUCGAUGUGGAAGGAGGAAACACAAACACUGAGUAACGUUUAGCCACAUUCUCCCCCCACUUUCGGCACUGUUCUGAUGAUUCCAUAACUCGUUUUUGGAGCCAAAUUCUUCCGAGCUUCAUGUGCCAGAUUAAUGUUCGGGCCGCCAUGCCCUCUCGGCUUGGUGUGUGGGACAGACGCUGACCUUCCUGCUCAUUAAAACUAGUGGUAAACUGUGGCAAACAGCCAGCCUGUUGAAGAGGGUUGUUCUGCCGGGGCAGGUUCCGCCGACGAUCACAUGACAGCCACAGGAGAAAGGAGGGGGUCGUGCCAAACACUGAGGGUCCAUGAGAUGUUUCCGCGCCAGAGUGGUCUCCACUAUGCCAGGAAAGACCAAGGAGAGGGUUGUCUUCCUGCAGCAUAACAAACAUGGCGUCCGGCGGAGACACUUGAUCGGCAUCAAGUGGUUGGAUUGGUAACUGCAGGUCGGUGAGGUUUCUGUCCCUCAGCACUGGACUCAUCCGCUUUUUGUUGUCGGUUCACAUCCCUGCAUGUGUUUCUUUAGUCGAACGUCUCAGACAAACAGAAACGUCUUCCAGUUUGUGCCAAACAGGUCUCCAAAGACGUCACGUUCCCUCUGGAGGAAGACGUUUGAAUUCACCCCCUCUUUGUUCUGCGUGUUGCCGGUUUGUACAACCCUGAAAAGAAAGUAUUUUCUGAUCAGUCGAUGUGAGGACGAUGAAUAAAUUGAUACU